AAUUUUUCACUUUUACACCGAAAACCCUAAGACCAAAAACACUUGUGAUCAAAGGUAUAUCUGGUGACUUCACGAAGCAAGAUAUACUCGAAAAAAUAAAGAGCUUAAAUCUCGCCAACACUAACAUCAUCAAGGUCACAAAAAUGAAAACCAGUGAAAGAAAUAGCCAUCAGAAUGUAUUCUUGGUUCAACUAACGCAUGAUAGCGAAUUGAUAUACAUAAAAAAAAAACAGAAAUCUACUAUACCAGAAAAUACGCUGGGAACAUCUACGAAAAAACACUAUUUUUCAAUGUAAAAAAUGCCAGCGACUCGGACAUGCAAGCAUCAAUUGCAACAUGGAAUUUAGAUGUGUUAAAUGCGGUAAAACCCAUGAGCCAGGCAAGUGCAAUAUAACCAUCGAAUCGAACAAAGAUCUACUCCGUUGCGCAAACUGUGAACAAUAUGGACAUCCAGCUAACUAUCGUGGAUGACCAUAUUAUAAAUACGUAAAAAAAAAAACUAGAGAACAGAAAAACGAUACACAAGAUCUGGCCAUAACCAAAAAAAGAGCCUUCACUGACAGAAGAACAACCCAGAAUCUCACUUAUGCUCAAAUCACAACCGACAUCGGGAAUACCAAUUAACAACAUGUCAACCAAAAUUCGAUACAGUUCGAAUCACCGCCAUCAUGGGUAAACGACCUGAAAAGAGAUAUAAUCUCCACACUCGCUGACAGUCUAACUCAGCUGACUACUCAAAUCAACAACAACAAGAUCCGCAUCGACCUGCUGUUCGAACAACUAGGUCUUCUAGUUCACACAGCAUAGCAACACCGGCGACAUCUCUACACAGCAACAGAAGAGUGACACACAAACAGCUGAUCAACUGUCAACUGUAAUGCUAAACAUAGCAGCGAUAAACGUACGUUCCAUAAGAACACACCAAAGAAGGAUAUCCUGGUACCAUCACAACUUUUGAUGCUGAUUCGAAAGGGAUGAAAUCGUGUCCGUAGUCAUCACAAAAUUCUACGUAUAUAUAUAUGGUCAUGCUUGAAGUUUGUGAUGCAGGAGUUGCGGAGCAAGAGACCUUUCAAAAUAUGGGAUAGCUGGCGUAACGUGAGAAAAGGAUUGGUAGUGAGCAAUUUCGAAGAGCUUAUACAAAGAGGAAAAGAAAAGUUAGGCGUCCCACAGAGUGAAAUCGUGUGUUUGGUUCUGGAGUCAGAUGGGACUCAAGUGGAGGAUGGCGAGUAUUUCAAAACCCUCGCUAACAACACCAUAUUACUGUUGUUACGGCAUGGCGAGCGCUGGUUUCCAACAGGGGUUGAUAUUAUUCGUGCCGGCACCGCCAGUGCAUGGAUCCAAGUUCUACCCAACAACGGAGGGCCAUUUCCAGCAAUUUCCGCAAUACCAAAAAUAGUCUGCGAGACGAUACACGCGCUGGAAUUGCACGAUGAAACCCCCUCCUGGAAGAUUAUGGAUAAUAAGGGACGUGUCACGGUGGUUUUACACUGGGACCAACGUUCAUCGGGUAACUCGUCGGCUUCAGGACAACACCAACAACACCCACAACAGCAGCAACAACAACAGCAACAACAACAACAACAUCAUCACCAGCAGCAGCAGCAACAACAGCAGCAUGGCCUCCAAUCAUCGCAGCAGCAACAGGCUAAAAUUAUGCAAGAUAGUUUGGGAACGAGCUCCAAGUAUUCACCGACGAAGAUCAAGUCCGACGGCGGUUUUUUCGUAGACGGAAUAGGGGGUCUUAGUAGUAGUGGCAUUGCCAUACAGCGCCCAUCGUUGGUAAUUCAAACGAGUUUGGAUAAGCUAAAUUAUGGAGUGAUCAAAAGUGGUGAUAUAGUAUGUCCAUCGCGUUACAGCAGUCCCCAAAUCACUGUGAUAAAUCAUGACGAUGUGGUGCAGAAGAGUUUUACUAGUCCGAAUAAUAGUUCCUACGGGUCGAUUAUCGCCUCGGGCUCGAUAAUACCGGGUGUAGUAUCAGGAGGAGUUAUUGGCACACAUACCGGUGUUCCGAGUCACCAUCAUCAUCAGCAGCAGCAACAACAGCUACAACAUCAAUCAUCGCAACAUGGUGGCUUAACAGGUCGACUCGUAAAACAAGCUACAAAUUCGUUCGAGAGCACAACUAUUCAUAUCCAUACGCCCGAGUGUUCAAAUCAUAUACACCAACCAGUAGCGAGAAACGGAAGUCCUAUAAACGGCCCUGACAGUCAAAAUUCAGCUGAGUGCGAUUUUCAUUGCUGCGCUCUCCACGAAGAAGGGAGACGCAUAGCUGUACAUAAAUCGGUAGCGACAUCACCAAUCCAAGAUGGUCAACAUCAGCAUCACUCUCAACAUUCACAGCAACAACAGACCCAAACCCAAACACCGUCACCUCAGCCACCAUCAUCCCUUUCUGAUGGUACCAGACGAGUCGGUAUGAUGAAAGGUCAUGUACGAUUUCGCGAUACGACCGACGAGGAAUCAUCUCCCAGAAUAUCCGCUGGUGGCCCUGGCCUCGGUUCGACUUCCGCCCAAACUUUCAACCUUCAUCGACUUCAUCAUCAUCACAAUAAUAACAACAAUAACAAUAAUCAUCAUCAAGAUCACGAUAGUUCCGAAUCUGAAACCGAAAAUACUAUCAUGGAAGAUGAGAUUGUAACGUCCGAAAAAUUUUUACUUCUCAUCGAUCAGCUCACCGUUGAUCAAAAACACCAUCUUAGUAUCAAAGACAUAGGAAUCAUUCUCGAAAGGCUUAGCUCAAAAAUUCUCGACGUCGAAAGGCUGGAUCGUGAAAGCGAAAGCGAGGAAUGUUACAAUUGGACCAUCAAAGCUAUCAUUCGCGGUGAUGUUUUGAGGGAGCUCGGGGUAAUUUAUAAUGGUAAUUAUUAUGCGAUUAGCGAACAUCCGGGGUACAAAGAGGAAUCUGAAGAGAACAACGAGGAAAACGAGGAGGAGGACGAAGAUAGACUCUAAUGCAGGAAGGACAAACAGCAUAAGACAACCGAACACACAGCUCACCCAAUGAGGAAUAAUGUAUAACUUCUAGUUGGAAUCGCAAGACAUACACACACGCGUGCGCGCGCGCGAAAAAUGUAUAUGUUAAACAUUGCAUAAUUAUUCACUAUAUUCUUUGAUUGAUCGAUCAAUACUUGACGUCGAGUCGCUACCGCGCCUCUUGAUGAAGUUCAGUGAUGAAUAAAAAAGAAUAGAAAUAAAUAUUAUAAGAAAAUAUUGUCAUAAAAUGGGGUAGCUCGAGUUUUUGUCAGUAACGAUCAAAUCGUCGCUGAUAGUUGUAAUUAAGACCAAAAAUUUAAAUGAGAAAAGAAAUCAACACUGCAUGAAAAUUAAAUCUAACGUGCAAUGUGUGCCAAAUAACGUGAAAGAAUGGACAAACCUAACCGAUAUUCAAAGAAUGGCCUCUGCGCCACCAAGAAAGGAGGACAUUUUUCGCGUUCUCCUGUUCUGUAUGUUUUUGUACUAAAAAAAAGAAGUUGAGGCACAAAUAAUGAUUGACAGCAGCUGGAAAAGUGGAGGGAAAGAGAGGGAAAUACAAACAGAAAGGGAAGGGAAACCUUCGGGAUACGGAUGCUGUCCGUAACCGUCCACGACACUGCCCUAUCUUAUGAGAAUAACAAGGAAAACAGACGUAAACAAAAAAGCAUGCUAUUCAACCCAAUAAAAUCACCUAUGAGAGAGAUAAGAAGCUUGCAACAAACAGGACGUAUUCCGAAGAAGAGGAGAGUUACGUAGCCCGAAAUUAUCAUAAAAAAACAGUAUAAUCUUGCAAUCCAGAUGAUGUAUUUCUGAUGUUGGAUGCAUGCAUAAUGUACCCUCUCUAUGAGAUCAAAAACUAUGUUUAUGACUCCGAAUCGAUGAAAAACUAAUUUCUAUGCGACCUUAUUCACUGUUACAUUCUGCGCGUACGCGAGUCAUUGUAAUAUUGUUGAAAAAAAAGCACUAAAACCAAAAA